AGUGAUCCGCGAGUAGCCCCGCCAAGUCAAUCUAUCGAUCUUAGAAAUUCGUAUUCAUUAGUAAAAUGUUCUCCAAACUGUCAGCACGCGGCUUUGCCACCCGCCUGAGCUACUUGGCGCAGAAGACGGCUGCCCAAGAGACCACCUCAUCUUCCGGACCCCUCUCCGAGGCGGUCUUCGCCCGGGAGAACAAGUACGGCGCCCACAACUACCAUCCACUCCCGGUGGCCUUAUCCAAGGGUGAAGGUGUUUUCGUCUGGGAUGUGGAGGGAAAACGCUACUUCGACUACUUGAGUGCCUACUCCGCAGUCAACCAGGGUCACUGCCAUCCGAAGAUCGUCAAAGCCCUAACAGAGCAGGCCUCCAAAUUGGCCUUGACAUCGCGAGCCUUCUACUCUGAUGUCCUUGGCGAGUACGAGGAGUAUGUGACCAAGUUAUUUGGCUUCGACAAAGUGCUGCCCAUGAACACGGGUGUGGAGGGUGGAGAAACUGCCUGCAAGUUGGCCCGUAAGUGGGGUUACCUGGAAAAGAAAAUUCCGACCAACCAGGCCAAGAUCAUUUUCGCACGUAACAACUUCUGGGGACGUACCCUUUCCGCCGUGUCCGCCUCCAACGAUCCCAGCAGCUACGAGGGAUUCGGACCCUUUAUGCCAGGAUUCGAGCUGAUUGAAUACGAUAAUCUGACAGCCUUGGAGGAAUCCCUCAAGGAUCCCAAUGUGUGCGCCUUCAUGGUGGAACCCAUUCAGGGUGAGGCUGGUGUGGUGGUGCCCAGUGAUGGUUAUCUAAAGAAGGUGCGUGAGCUCUGCACCAAGUACAAUGUCCUGUGGAUUGCCGAUGAAGUGCAGACGGGAUUGGCCAGGACCGGAAAGCUGUUGGCCGUAAAUUACGAGCAGGUUCAGCCAGACAUCCUGAUUCUGGGCAAAGCCCUUUCCGGAGGCUUGUAUCCCGUGUCUGCGGUGCUCUGUAAUGACCAGGUAAUGCUGUGCAUCAAGCCAGGAGAACAUGGAUCCACCUACGGAGGAAAUCCUUUGGGCUGCCGCGUAGCCAUGGCUGCCUUGGAGGUGCUGCAAGAGGAAAAACUGGCGGAAAAUGCCUUCAAAAUGGGUGAACUCUUGCGCGGUGAACUGUCUAAGCUUCCCAGGGAUGUGGUUUCGGUGGUGCGCGGAAAGGGUCUCCUCAACGCCAUCGUUAUUAAUCAAAAAUACGACGCUUGGCAGGUGUGCCUGAAGCUCAAGGAGAAUGGUCUUUUGGCCAAGCCCACCCAUGGCGAUAUCAUUAGGUUUGCUCCUCCUCUGGUCAUUAAUGAGACCCAAAUGCGUGAGAGCAUCGACAUCAUCAAGAAGACCAUUCUGUCUAUGUAGAUUUUCGGAUCAGGGCUGAUAUAUAGCUCGAAUAGCAUUUAAAGGAGUUUAAAAUAAGUUGUUUUGAAAGUCUGAAAUAAAUUACAAUUUUAAUAUUUUUUUAAAAGGAA